ACCAAUAGUAAACCAGAAAACGCCCAGCAUUCUAUUCCUCUAUACAAAUUCUCUAUCAAUUGCAAAAAUGGCAGCAGAAAACGAAGAACCUAUUUCUGAGCAAGAAAAGGUCCAAAUCGCCGCCGAUUUUAUCCUUCACUCGCCGCCUGGAGAAUUUAAUGAAGUUUUCAAUGAUGUCCGAGUACUGCUGAACAAUGAUCCCCUGCUACGCGAGGGAGCUAGCGGCGCCUUUUCCCAGUACAACAAGGACCAGCUCACGCCCGUCAAGAUCGAGGGGUCGGAACUUUUCUGCCUCAUCACAGAGCAUAAUGAUCUGGGCGGAGGACGGUUCGGAGACCCGCGCUCCAAACAAUCCUUUAAAUAUGAUCAUCUUAGGAAGGAAGCCUCUGAUUAUAAGCCCUGGAGCUCCCAUGGUGAGCUGGAGGAGUUGAGGUCUGCUGUAGAGGCCGAGGUUACCAACUACACCUUAAACCAUUACAAGCACGGAGUACCAGCAGUCUUCGUCAAGGAUACAGAGGAGGGUAAAAUGUUGAUUGCUUGUAUUGAAGAUCAUCAGUUCCAACCCAAGAAUUAUUGGAAUGGAAGAUGGAGAUCAGAAUGGAGUUUAAUUAUAUCUGGAGACCAAGCUGAGGUUACAGGAACUCUUAAGGUGCAGGUUCACUACUAUGAAGAGGGGAAUGUCCAGCUGGUUUCCUCCAAGGAGGUCAAGGACUCCAUUACUAUAUCGGACGCUGGUGAGGCUGGUAAGAUGCUGGUACAGCUGAUGGAGGAUAGUGAGUCUGAAUAUCAGACUGCUAUCAGUGAAAACUAUCAGACUAUGUCUGAAACUACAUUCAAGGCUUUACGUAGACAACUUCCCGUCACUAGGACAAAGAUUGACUGGAACAAGAUUGUCUCUUACUCCAUUGGAAAAGAAUUAAGAAGCCAGUGAAGAUCCGUAAUUGAUCAUUAAGUACACAAAUGAUUUAUGCUUGAACAGUAAGGAUCUAUAAUUGAUCAUUGACUAUAUUAGUGAUGUAUUAUUGAUCAUUUAUUACAUAAUUGAUAAUAUUUUUGAGCAUUGAGUACAGUAUUGAUCUAUAAUUGAUUAUUGAGUAGCGUAUUGAUUUAUUAUUGAUCAUUUAUUACAGUAUUGAUCUUUGAUUGAUCAUUAAGUAAAGCAGUGAUCCAUAAAGGAUUAUUGACUACAAUAUUGAUCUUUGAUAGAUCAUCGAGUACAGGAGUGAUCUUUGAUAGAUGAUCGAGUACAGCAGUGAUCCAUAAUUGAUCAUUUUCUACAUCAUUGCUCCAUGACGGAUCAUUGAAUAGCCCGCCUACAAUCUUUAAUAUGUCAAUGUUAAAAAACCAACUUGCUCCCAAUAUUUUACAUUAUACUACAAAGAUAAUUUUUAUAAGCCCAGUAACCCCCUCCUGUACUAGUGUUUUAAGUCCCCCCUUUAUAGGAACUCCCGGUGCCAUAUUUCCUUAUGUACCACCCCCUUCCUAAAAUUUUCUGAAGGCCAAAAGUUUCAAUGAUUAAUAAAUUGUGAUUUUUGUGUGAUUAGCUUAGACUUGUUUGUGCAAUUGACACUUUUUUCCAUCAAACCAUUCAAUUUUUCACUGAAAGACACUUUCGUAUAUUUUGUACAAUUACUUUUUUGGAACCCAGCAACAAUCCAUUUAAUGAAUUUUCUAAUAUUUAUAUAUUGUGCGUCCGAAAUAUAUUUAAUAAAUUGAAUAAAGUUAAACUAUUUUAAAAUAAAGGCUUCUUUUUGUGGAAGAUGUAUGAACAAAGAUUUAGUUUUUGGUAAAUUUCAAGGAUUUAGUGGCAUAUUUAUGUGUCCACUCCCUACUGUGUCCCUCAAAUUCUGCUGGAAUUAAUACGAUAUAUUUGGUUUGGACAUUUAAGAUUGAAUGUAAUGAUUAUAAUGUAGUGUCUUACGAAACAUGACUGUAGCAAUACGACUUGAAAGUAUCCUUGUUCUUAGAAUUUAUUUAUUAUUUAUCAACCUACUUUAACAUGCAUGUUUCUUGAAAGUAACCUCGAAAUACUAAAACAAAAAUUUAAA